AUGUCUGAUAGAUCGCAGAGUCCCGAGUGCCAGAGCAGGCCCUACGAUUUCAGCCGCGCCGGCCCUUGCGCUCAGGCUUUGGGUCAAGAUUCGUCAUUCCAGCUUCCUCACGGCGUUUUGCCAGACCCGAGCCUCCUCUACAACAAAACCGCGUACGGUGGCAUCACGUCGGCCUCUGCGCAGACAUUCUUCCCUUUCCCACCCAUGGCUGGUGACUACAGAGGAGCCGACCUGCAGGCUGGAGAGUUUGGGCAACCCAAGCAUUGGUAUCCCUUCGCUGCGACCGAGUACACCGGCCAGGUACCCGGCGUAACAGCAGCGUCCCAGCCUACAAACCUGAGUCCCCCCAUAGCCGAGACCCGGGAGCAGAUCAAAAUGCCCGAGAUCAAGACCGAGAAGGACACCGGCGAUGACUACUCAGCGGAGAUCAAGGGUCAGCAGUACCUGACAUCGUCGGCCUCCGCCGCCAUGGCCCAUGGAGUCUUCUACCCCGCGGCCUGGAACCCGUCCUUCUGGCCUGGGAUCGCGCACAUCACCCAGCCCGGUAUCAGUAAUCAAAACCCCUCCACAUCCUCUGCAUCAUCGCCGUCCAUGUCCCCUUCACCCCCGAGCAACGGGCUGCCAGGAAACGCGUUUUUCAGCGUGAACCCAACCCAAGCUGCCCCUGGGCCGCAGACGCAGAACCCGGCUACUUCCACGCGGAGCAGCGGUUCGUCCAGCGGCGGAUGCAGCGACUCAGAAGAGGAGAACCUUUCGACUGAGGAACUGGAGCAGUUUGCCAAGGAACUGAAACACAAACGCAUUACCCUGGGCUUCACUCAAGCUGAUGUUGGCCUUGCCCUGGGUAACCUCUAUGGUAAGAUGUUCAGCCAGACGACCAUUUGCCGCUUCGAGGCUCUGCAGCUGAGCUUUAAGAACAUGUGCAAGCUGAAACCCCUUCUUCAGAGAUGGCUGAAUGAGGCAGAGACCUCGGACAAUCCCCAGGAUAUGUACAAGAUCGAGAGAGUAUUUGUUGACACCAGAAAGAGGAAGAGGAGGACAAGUCUGGAGGGGGCAGUGCGCUCUGCUCUGGAGUCAUACUUCAUCAAGUGUCCCAAACCCAACACCCAGGAGAUCACGCACAUUUCAGAUGACCUGGGCCUUGAAAGAGACGUGGUGCGUGUUUGGUUCUGCAACCGGAGACAGAAAGGGAAGCGACUGGCUUUGCCACUGGACGAGGAGUGUGACGGCCAGUAUUACGAGCAGAGCCCUUCCCCACUGAACAUGUCCCAUUCCCCCAUUCCCAGUCAGAGCUACCAGGUGUCUGGCUACCCCGGAGGCCCUCCUCCCACACUGUACAUGCCCUCACUUCACCGGCCUGAUGUCCUCAAACAGGCCCUUCACCCUGGACUUGUUGGUCACAUGACUGGAUAAACAUGCUCAGGUAGGCCCAGCCAAACCCACAGAUACCCUUCCCAAGCUUUUAUGUUGGAGGCCAUCUCAAACUGGAAUGAGACAAUCAGUGGAUCACAGGACAAACAGUUCAAGGACGGAGGAUAUUUUUCCUGUUCUAAUUCUGAAACAAAAAAUUGCCUUGUCCACAUCCUCUAACCGCGACCAGAACCUCCACACCAGCAACUAUGAAAAUGUGGGUGCCUUUUGUGUUCUUGGAUUAAGCAUAGUAAAUAAUUUCCACUGGCUUUGGUCAUUUCAUGUUUAGAACAACAUAAGAUUUGACUCUGUACACCAUAGGUAAGUUAUGGAAUGAUGUAAAGAACCAGUUCGUUCCAUCCACUUACACAAAAUCCUGGGUAGUUAUUCUGGGGUGCAGGUGAGAAUAAUUCUGGGUUUCAAGAGAACCAAAAUAUGAGUUGCAGAAUAUUUUAAAUUUUUUUUUACACAUGGAUCAUUAUUUGAGCAAUUGUCUCCAUCUGAAAAGAGCAGCUACGGUAUUUGUCUUCCAUUUGAAAUGGAAAAAGGUUUCUUAUCGGGGUUAAUUUUUUCCAUUUUGUUUUGCACAAAGUUUCUUUUGUAUUGUUGAAUAAUCUUUUCGAAAAUGUUCCUGUUUGUUUCCCAAAACUUACAUUUUUUUUUUGUCUGUCAUCGACAUCUUUUGCAAGUAUUUUUGGCAGCGAUGGCGGGACUCAAAGUAAUAUUUUGACAAUGUGAAGAAUCUUGUUGUUCAGUGUCUUAGCUGCUAAAUCUGCCAUUUGCACUCUGUUAAUAUUUCCUCUUAAUGUCUCAGGUGAAGGGCAAUGAUUUAAAUAUCCAACCUGACUGAGCUAUUGUCAAUUUGACCAACUGUGUUCUCUGUUCCCAACCAUGAUUUUAUUGUAAAGGUUUUUAUGUUCAUGUUGAAAUGACAGCAAGUCAAGUGCUCACUGAAAUGUAUUUUAAGAAGUUGCUUUUUAGUGGAAUGACCAUAGUUUUAGAUAUAAGACAUUCAGCUUCAAAAUACUUAACAUGACUGAAGUUCCUUAGUGACAACUUGGAGAUGGCACAUUAACAUUGGACUAAACUCUAUCAUGAACUUUUAAUAUAACACGUUGUCUUGACAGAUUGUAAAUGGAUUCAUUAUAAUUUAUUGAAAUGUUGGCUGCGCUGAGACACCUGAGACUUAAAUGUAAAACGGACACUUUUCCUUGAAAAUUUGUAUAUGCAAACUACCCAAUUGUUCAUUUCCCAGUAAAUCUUUGCACAUGUCCCAGCAAAAGUAAAUUGUCCUUUAUUCUGUGCCUCUGUAGUGCUGCACUAGACCAGUGUGGAUUUACAAGACAGAUGGUUUAUUUGAUACUAUGCAUGUCUGCAAACUGAAUCAUAAUCCAGAAC